UCCGAACCAAGCAGGGGGGUAAACCCAACCUCUCGUACCUUUUGUUUUCUGUUUUCUCAUUAAAUCCUUUUUCCCACUCACUGAAAACUAUAAUCCCCGUUUUAUUUACUUGCCGUAUAGACAAUUUCUCCAAUUCCUCGCCGAUUUAUUGGAUCCGACAUGCCGGCGCCGCCGUUUUAGGCCACCAGAUUCUCUCGCAGAUCUACUGCGUCGCUUUCAGGUGCUCUUAAGAUUUUCUGUUUGGUUCCGGAGAAAAGAAUAGAGGAAAAAACCACUCUGUUCCAUCCAAAAGACUUGUGUCUUUGUUAGCUAUUGCAAGGGGGCAGUGGGUGGAGUGAUACAGAAAUCAUAUUUUGAUGCCCAGAUGAUUAGAACUGAUGUUAUUGGCAGUGGAAGGAGGAGGUUUCUUCUCAUCUUCAGCUUCUGGGUAUAGUAAGGGCUUGACCCUUCUUCUCCUGGGUCAGAAGCACGAAGACAAACCCAUGAGAGUUACGCCGUGGAAUCAGUACCAGUUGGUGGACCAAGAACCUGACUCUGACCUCCAGCUGGCUUCCUUGAAGAACCGGCUUUCCCACGGCUGCGCUUCUUUUAUCUGCUUUGGUCGCGCUUCCGCACAUGAAUCCCCGUCACCUCUCAAAGUAGGCCCUGCCCAACAGCAGGAUGUCUUGCCAGAUCCUCUCGUUGCUGACAGGGAAAAAGAUCUUACUACCGAGCUUGAAGUUGAUAAUUAUGCACGAAAAAUUACUCUUAAGAGUAAUCUGAAGAAGGCAUCAAAAAGAAUUCCAGUUCCUGUUGAGGAUGUUAAGCAGAGCGAGCCAUUGAAUGGCCAAGGUAGUGAUAUCCCUGGUCAUACAGAGAGGAGAAAAGUGCAGUGGACUGAUGUCUGUGGGAGUGAGCUUGCUGAAAUCAGGGAAUUUGAACCAAGUGAAACAGGUGGAUCAGAUGAUGAAUUCGAGAAUGGAAAUGAAAGAAGUUGUUCGUGCGUGAUUAUGUGAUCAAUUACCAAAAACUUUUGGGUGCCCAGUUUUUCUCAAGAUGCCGCGGCACACCACAGGACUUGCUGCUACUGAUGGAGUUCAUCUGCUUUCUCCUGGCGAUCAACUGACUUCUGCUAAAGAAAAAGCGAGCAACUGGUUGCAUAUGAAAUGUUACCAUAGAAAGGAGUUAUGCAUCUGGCCACACUUUCAGUGCGACUUAGGGUCCGUUUGUUAACAAACGCCACUUAGUGAGAAGUUUUAUAUCGGGCCACGCCUAUUGGACUGAUCGUUUUGUGCCUAUAUUUAAUUGAUGAGGAUUUCAUUUUGUUUGUCACCUUAUUCUUGUUACUUGUGAUUGCCCUGUCCAUUGUUUUCUCGUAAUAAAUGUCUCGUAUUAUUUUU